AACAACAUCUGUCUUUAUAAGGUGAUAAAUCACUUGUUUCGCGGACAGAAAGCAUCACCCCCCAACACUCUUCGUAAUCCUACCCAUUAAUUGUGAUUUGGGGAACUUUUUUUGAAAAAGUUGCGAUUCUGCGGGAUUCUUGUGCUUGUUCUGGUGAAAUUCUGUCUGACCCAUCUGGCAACGCUGGAGUUCAAUCUCCUGUGUCUGACAGCGUUAGGUUAUGCUGUUUGUUGUUUGUACGAUUUAUAAACUAAAUGUUUGGUUUAAAUUUGAUCAACAGUCUAUUUUUGGCAAUAAUUAUUGAAAGUGCAUAGUUGUGGCACAGAUUAUAGUUGUGGUGCAUAGUGUGUAAGUAAAGAUGGAAUCUAUGGUGCUUGGUAAUGGAGAAGUCAAAACAGAAGAAACCGAGGACGACUCAAAUAUGUAUGGUGCUGAUUUUGAGUAUAAAAACGUUAAAGUCGAGCUUGACGAUGCAGCAAUUAAAGCAGAAUUAACUGAAGAUGAUAUGUGUAGUGCAGAUUUUGACUAUAAAGACGUUAAAGUCGAAUUUCAUGGUGGAGAAGUUAAAGCAGAGAUAACUGAUGUGUGCAGUGCCAAUUUUGACUAUAAAGACAUUAAGUUUGAGCCUGAUAAUGAAACAGUUAAAGCAGAAACAACAGACGAUUACUCAAAUAUGCGUAGUGCUGAUCUGGAGAAUAAGGACUUCCAACUUGGGCAUGCAGAAUUACACAUCAAGGAUGAUGGUGGAACAUCCAGCGAAGCUCUAGAAAGUGAUCUGAAUCGGACAUCUUCAGGAAUGGAAGAACAUCUGUGUAAUCCUAGUUGUGAUGCUAAUACAUGUAAUGAGGAAUUUACUACUACGGCGAGUUUAAAUAACCUUGAAAGUAUCAAACGUCCUGAUUUUGAAGAGUCGGCUCCUAGUUCAUAUAAAACCUUAAAUAGCCAUUUAUCUAGAAGUAUGUCUGUAUCUAAAGGCGAACGUGGCUACAAGCUCAGUACAUGUAUUCACUGUGAUGCGACAUUUAGAAGUAAUAUAAGCUUAGAUGAUCAUAUAAUUAGGAAACAUCCCGAAUUUUUGUCAACUGUUUCUAGUAGAAUACACGGAUGUACACAUUGUGCAUAUAAAACCACCUUAAAAAGCCAUAUAUCUAGACAUAUGGUGCUGCAUUCCGUGGGAGAACGUCGUCUUAAGCUCAGUACAUGUAUUCACUGUAAUGCGGUAUUCAGAAGUAAUGCAAGUUUGGAUGACCAUAUAAUUAGGAAACAUCCCGAAUUUUUGUCAUCUGUUUCUAGUAAAAUACACGAAUGUACGCAUUGUUCAUAUAAAACCAUUUCAAAAAGCCAUUUGGCUGGUCACAUGCUGAAGCAUUCCCUGGGAGGAGGUAGCGAUAACAAGUCCGUCAAAUGUAUUCACUGCAAUGCCACAUUCAGAAGUAAUCUGAGUUUAGAUGACCAUAUAAUUAAGAAACAUCCCGAAUUUGAGCCGACCUGUUCUAGCAAAAUACACGAAUGUAUACUUUGUACAUAUAAAACGGCAUUAAAAAACCAUUUCUCUAGACACGUAAGGCUGCUGCAUUCUAUGGAAGAACGUAGCUAUACGCUGAGCGUAUGUAUUCACUGUGAUGCGACGUUCAAAAGUAAUGCAAGUCGAGAUGACCAUAUAAUUAGGAUACAUCCCGAAUUUUCGUCAUCAGUUUCUAGUAAGAUACAUGAAUGUACGCAUUGUACAUAUAAAACCAUUUCAAAAAGCCAUUUUACUGUACACAUGCUAAAGCAUUCUGUGGGAGAACGUAGCCAUAUUGAGCCCGUUACCUGUGUACACUGUAACGCGCCAUUCAGGUUUGAACUAACUCUCCAUAAACAUAUUAUUAAGGAACAUCCCGAAUUUCUGGCGUCUGUUUCUAGUAAAAUACACGAAUGUACGUAUUGUGCGUAUAAAAGCAGCUCAAAGAAGCUUUUGGCUGGACAUAUGCUGAAGCAUUCAGUAGAACGUAGCAAUAAUAAACUGUUCAUAUGUAUUCACUGUAAUACGACAUUCAAAAGUAAUCGCAGUUUAGAUGAUCAUAUAAUUAAGAAACAUCCGGAAUUUGUGUCAUGUGUUUCUAGUAAAAUGUUUGAAUGUACACAUUGUACAUAUAAAACCACCUUAAAAACCAGUUUAGCUGGACACAUGCUGAAGCAUUCCGUGAGAGAACGUAAGCAUGAUAAGCUCUUUACGUGUAUUCACUGUAACGCGAAAUUCACAAGUAAUCAAAAUUUGGAUGAUCAUAUAAUUCGGACACAUCCCGAAUGUUUGUCAUCCGUUUCUAGUAAAAUACAUGAUUGCACACAUUGUACAUACAAAACCACGUUGAAAAGCAAGUUAGCUGGACACGUGUUAAAGCAUUCCGCGUAGGAAUGUGGCCACAAGCUCAGUACAUGUACGAGGUUUGUUCGAAAAGUAUCGCAAAUUUUGAAUUUUCGCGGGCUUCGUAUGUUCGAUUUUCGAUCUUUUUGUGGCGUUAUGUUGGUACUCAUGACGUCAUGACCCUUACUAAUUUUGACAGUAUCGGCCAUUUUGAAUGUUCAGUCAUUUUUUGACAGCUAUUGUGCGUGGACGUGUUUUAGCUCCGAUUUUUGUCUAUUCCAAAAAAUGGUUUAAAGAAUUUCUAUUAAAUUUUGUGUAAAAAAACAAGGUGAAGUGCACGGACAUAUUCCAAAUGUUGACUGUUGCAUUCGGCAAAGCUACUUUGGACAAAAGCAACGUUUAUCUGUGGUAAAAAAUGUUCUCAGAGGGGACAAAAUAGAUAUUCAUGAAUAAAUAAAUGAUUCUUAAAAAACAUGAAAUUCGCGAUACUUUUUGAACAAACCUCGUAUUUAUACUAAUAGCGGCGUAUACAGCGUGGCGCAAGAGUUUCGGAACGUCUCUGUAUUUCCUUGGGUAAGGUAUUUUUGGGAAAGAUCAGGGUCAGGUCUUCAAUAAUUUUUCGCGAGUAAUUCAACGAUGACCUUGAAUUUGACAUUCACCUCCAGGGUUAAUUCGUGGUUCAUUUUUUCAAAUAGAAACCCCUAUGUUUGAUACUGGCAAUCGAAAGAACAGAAAAUUUUACAUUCAAACAUAAUUAAAUACUAAGGCCAGGAUGACCCCUAAAGGUCAACAGAAGAUCAAAUGUGUGAUGCUAAGAAAACCUCUCUAAAUCUAACAGGAUGUGUGAGUGAUGAAAAUAACGAUCAAGGCCAGAUCUUUGUUAAAUUUUAACGGAGAAGUCAGCGCUGACCUUGGAUUGGAC